GUAACUUUUCUUUUGUUUUUUUUUUUUUUUUUUUUUUUUUUUUUUUUUUUUUUUUUGUUUUUUGUUUGUUUAUGGGUUGGUUCAUCCUGACCGAUUCUUUUGUAAUAGUCAGUAAUGAUCCUAAGAUUCUGGAAAUUUUUAUAGGGUUCCCAUGUAUCAUCUUCAGGUAUGUAGCCUUUCCAACGUACUUUAUAUUCAUAAGUGUUGGUUUUUAUUUAGUCUAUGUUGAACAAUUGCUUGUAUUUCAUAAACUUCCUGCUCAGGGAUUUUUUCAUUCAUGGAUAUUAAUUUCAACUCUGUUGGAGUAUAUCUACGCGUUAAUAUAUCCCCUGAUAGGUCUCUAAGCACAUAGGCACCACCUUGCAACACUAACAAUGACUGACCUUGCAUCAAUUGAAUUGCACUUGCUGGCAUUGUCAAGGCUGUUAUUAUUCAGUGAUGGAAAAGGGCACAUAAUGAAG